CGCGCGAAAUAUUUAUAUUUUGAUCUCUUAUUUUUAGAUAAUACAUUUAUUAUAGAUUUCUUAUUUAGCUGAGUAUGGAAGAAACACAAAAGGAAACACUGACAUCAGCAACGGCUCCUUCAACAACUACAACUCAGACAACUGUCCCAGAUGUAGUUAUGGAAGAAGCUGCCCCGGUUCCUAACAAUACACCAGCUAACAAUAACGAAAAAGAUAGUAAAGUUCAAACAGAUCCAGCGACUACUGCUAUGAAUAACCAAAGGAUCGUAGAAGAAUUUCAGUACCUUUUGGAGAAGAGUCAGCAAUUAUUUGCGGGUUUAAGGGAUUUACCACCCACAGGUGGUCGUCAAUGGCAGCCAUAUUUCCAACGAACUUUUGAAGUCUAUACUAAGUUAUGGAAGUUCCAGCAACAGAAUAGAUUUGUAUUGGAAAAUAAAGAUAAUUAUGGUCUUAAACGUUGGGAGGUUGGCGAAAUCGCAUCGAAAAUUGGGCAACUUUAUUAUCAUUACUACUUACGUACAAGCGAAACAAAUUAUCUUCACGAAUCAUAUAUAUUUUACGAAGCAAUUCGUGAUCGUUUUUACUUCAAGGAUGUCCUUGAUGUUAAAAACCCAGCACUUAUGAUUAAGAAAUUGAGAUAUUAUGCUCGAUUUAUCGUUGUUUGUCUGCUGUUGAACAACAGAGAUAUUGUACAGAAGUUAAUGGAUGAAUUACAUGGUCUUGUUGAUGAUUAUAUAAAAAUUUUCAAACCUGCUGAUUCUACAGAAUGGCAAUGUGUUCUUCAUGAAAUUGCUGCUUUCUUAGAGGCUGAAAAGAAAUUAACUCCAAUCUCUUCCGAAGGCCACCUUUUGACAGUUGCACGUAGACUACAAAUUGAACGUAGUCUUAGACAUGAGAAAGAUGGUACACCAAAAUUAAAACUUCAAGAAGCGAUUUUAGUUGGAAAUUACCAAAGUCAAAUCAAAUUUUCGGAAUUGACUCUUGAUAUGUAUCAUAUAUUACAGUCACUCGAGCGCGAACCAGCUCCUCCGAAAUCGGGGCCAAAAACACCAGGCUCGGAAGUUCCAGUGGUAAACGAAAGAGUUACUAAUAAAGAUGAUAUAAAUGCUGAGGAGCAAUCAAGUGCAAAUACUCCUGCUGAUAAAUCUGCGUCACGAAGAGUUAAUCCACAUAAAUAUCUUUUAUAUAGACCUACGUUCAGUCAGUUAUUAGUUUAUAUCUCUACUGCUUUCAAGGAAAUCAAUGAAAACUCCGCACUAUUACUUUAUAUUUCUGCGGAUGGUACCAAACCUUCAAAUAAUAAUGAACAAAACUCGAUUGGUUAUAAUGGUGGUGUUGCAACAAGUUCUCGCAAAUGUGCGGAUAAAACAGAUCCUUCAGAUAAAAUUCAUUGUUUGCAUCCGGCAGAUUUGGUACCGUUCACUCGUAAACCAUUAUGUCUGAUAAUUGAUAGUGAUAAUAGUACGGCUUUUGCGGAUUUUCCGAGAAUUUUUAAUCAACCAUUCCUUUGUCUUAUGUCACCUGUGGAAUAUCCUUCUACUAUCCCUGAUACAACUCAAAUUGGUAGCCUUUUCACUUUAUUUCUCCAUGCUCCUCUUCUUGGAUUUGCAUUUAUUUCGAAUCUUGGUAAAAUAAGUUCAUCAACAUGGGAAAAAUGUGUAAAUCUUAUAGCAGAGGCCGAGUUGAAUAUUGUAGAAUUAUUUAAUUCAUCUAGUAUUGAAAAACCAUUAAAAAGAUUUUUACAAGAUGAUUUUCUUCGUCAAUUUCUUGUGAGAUUUGUAUUAUGUCAAUCAUUCUUAAGAGCUCACACUGAAUUCAAAGAGGAAAAGCAUAUUCCUAAAUCUUGCCCACAAUUACCUUCGUCUAUAUUGGAUUCACAAGAAUUGUUAUUAAAAGUGCAUCAAAUUGUAAAAGAAGCUCAAGCUGAGUCUUAUUAUUCAUUCCCUACGUUAGAAAUAGAACCGGAAAUGACCGAGAAAGCAGCAGAGACUCCCGAAGAAAGUGAAGUAGCGCAGCAAUAAUUAUCAUUGAGUUUUUACAUCGGUAAUAUCAUAUUUUCAAACUUAAAUUUAUAUUAAAAACUUGAUUAAAUAAUAACUAAAUUGAUUAACAAUUUGUAUUUAAACAAUUAAUAAUUUAUUCAUAUAAGAAUUAUAAGAAAAAAAAAAAUUUAGCUUUAGUGUAUUUAUUUGAUAUAUUUUUGAUCAUUGUAUUAUAUAUAUUAUGUUGCGGA